UCGGCGAGCGAUCGAGGCGUUUCAGUCAGUAACGAGUUGAAAGUGGCCAAAACACGUCGGAAGUCGCACGUCAACAGUCAACGGAAGUGCCUAAAAUUUAUUUUUUUGAUUCAAAAUUGUUAUCAAAAUAGAUAUUAUUUAGUGAAGUAUUUAGAGGCAAAAGUAAGCCUGUGAAUAUGUUUUUGAAAGAGGAGAAAAGUUAACUUACAAAGUGAGUGAAACUUGGCCAAGAUAAACCCGUUUGCACCAACACACACAUACAAAAUCGACUCAGACCUCAGACUCAGACUCCAGAAGCAAAACAAUUAAAAAAAGAAGUUAGUCAGUCAGCGUCGGUGCGUUAUGGCUGGAUGAAUCAUACCUCGGAUUGGUUACAAAAAUCGCAACAAAAAUAUAUAUUGCACCUCUGGAAUUAUAUAGAAGCAGUGGGGCCUUAGAGUGGUUAUGUAAACCGCGCUGAGCCGUAGCGAAAAUAGUCGAAGCCCCGAAACAUUGCAGCCAACGCACAUCACAUGUCCAGCAAGGAAAUGCGUCCUCUGUCGCUCUCCAUCGGAGCCUCCCUGCUGCCCAGCUUCUCCCUGGUCACGGCGGCCAAUGAUGGCAGCCAGGACUGCCACGGGAAGGUCUGCCAUCCGGUGGACGAGUACUGUUCCGCCUUUGCGGAGUCCUGCGAGCCCUGCGCCCCCAUCUGCGACACCACCUCCCACAACUACCAGACGGCUAUGUGCGCCAAGGAAUGUUCAGCCUUCAACAGAUUCGAGCCCCUGAAGGCGGAGAUACACAACAUCCAGAGCAACCAGCAGCUGAUCCUCCUGCUCCUGACCAUCCUGCUCGUCCUGAUCGCCCUCAGGUACGCCUGCCAGGGCAUCCGCUGGCUGCUGCACAAGAGGUGCAUCCAGCGGAUGCUGCAACGAAUGCAGUCCAAGGCCUACCCCCCGGGGACCGCUAAUGGCAAGGACCUCAAUGCCACCACCAUUCAGAACCUGAACGCCAUCAACCGACACGGCAGCGACAUUGAGCGGGCGCCGUCCCAGAUCUACAGCGUGGCAGGUAAGUGUGCCGCCGAGGGCUCAGUGCUCACAAUGACAACGCCGGUGAGCACCCGCUAUCCGGCGGAGAACAGCACCACGCCCACCACCGUGGUGACGGAGGUCGAGUACGGGUACGACAACCAGGCCAUGGUCGUAACCCCGGUUUCCGAGAAACCCACAUCCGUGGCAGCGGCUGCCUUCUAAGCCAUACAAACCCUGAAGAACCUCUUUGUCUUCAAUUGAGUCCAGCGACAGGAAAAUGUACACCACAUUGAAAAUAGUGAUAUCAUUGUAAAGUGGAUACUUAAGUAAGAAAACAAAUUAUUAUUAGAAGCUUAAAAAUGACUUACAACUUGAAAGUUAGAAGUAAGGAAACUAUCCCUAAUAUUUUUUAACUUAUGACAAAUAAGAUACUUUUCCGAGCUGUACCUUCACUUUAAACUCAAACUAUCUUUAUAUAAAAAAAUAUAUUUAUCUAAAAUUUAGAUUUCAAAUUUUAUAAAAGAAAAUUAUACAUCACUAGGAUCUAAAUAAUACAUAAUUCUUGUAUAUUUCCAUUUCCAACUGCGGCCUUAAAUACUUAACUAAGUACAAACUGUAUUUACAAUACAUCAUAAAGUAUGUAAAUUAGAAAUAAAAUAAUUGUAACAUAUAAAAUAAGAUUGUGGAAACAUGAUACUUAAUAGAGUUAAAAAGAAAAAGGUUUUUAUAACCUCUUAAAGAUAUAUUCAAAAAUGGCGGGCUUAUGUCGGUCGAUAACGAUCGGCAGUGGUGAGUUGCCAACUCUAGUUGACUAGAGGUUCUGAACUUUGAUAUUUUGGUGAGUUUCUUUUUAAAUGUGAUUCCCAUGCAGAUACCAAUCAAUAAAACAUCGAAAUUUAUACUUAAAAGUAUUGUCAUUUAUUUUAAUAAGUAUUCCACGUUGGCAAACACAAUACUAAGUCUAAGUUAAGUUGGCUUUUUGAGUAUAACUCCUGUAUUUAUCCUAAGAUCUAAACCGUUUCUAUAUGACACGCCAGAUAUGUUGAUUAAGAUUUGUUUGUAAAAUGCUUCCCUAUCCUUACGAAUCUCAUAAAUCAGCCUUAAAUAUAAGCUUAAACUUAAAUAAAUAAGCUACGACUAAUUCCGAUCCAAUUUGAACCACUUUUGCUUUCAAUUUAACGGAGAAACUCCCAUAACCUUUCUCAGAUGUAAAAAUAUAAAGGUGUUUCAUUAAAAUCCUCUACAAUAUCCAGA